AUGGGCUCCGCAGAUAUGGCACCCGAUUUCUGGGCCAAGGCCGACAGGCAUCUCAUGAAGACCGGGGUGCCCUACUCGCCGGCCAUCAUCACCAGAGCCAAGGGCACGCGGCUGUACGACGAUGCCGGCCGUGAGAUCCUGGACUUUACCUCUGGCCAGAUGAGCUCGCUGCUGGGUCACUCGCACCCGGAGAUUGUCGACGUUGUGCAGAAGAACGUGGCCAACCUGGACCACCUGCUCAGCAACAUGAUCACCAAGCCCGUCGUCGAGCUUGCGGAGCGCCUGGGCCAGCUGCUGCCGCGGCCGCUCGAGAAGUCGUUCUUCCUCAACACGGGCUCCGAGACAACCGAGGCCGCCAUCAAGAUGGCCAAGCUGCACACGGGCAAGUUUGAAGUGGUCGCCUUCACAGCCAGCUACCACGGCCUGACGUCCGGAGCGGGGUCCGCAACGUACUCGACCGGGCGCAAAAACGCCGGGCCGGCGAUGCCUGGACAACUGGCGUUUCCUGCACCGUACGCUUACCGGUCCAUCUUCCGCAGGCCGGAGGACGGCUCUUAUGACUGGGAGAAGGAACUCGAGUUUGGCUGGUCCAUGAUCGACCGCCAGAGCGUCGGCUCACUCGCCGCCUUCAUCAUGGAACCCAUCCUCUCGACGGGCGGCAUCCUCGUCCCUCCUAAGGGCUACCUCAAGCGCAUGGCCGAGGAGUGCCGCAAGCGCGGCAUGCUCAUCAUCAUGGACGAGGCGCAGACCGGCGUCGGCAGAACGGGCCAGAUGUUCGCGUUCCAGGACGACGGCGUUGUGCCCGACAUUCUGUGUCUUUCCAAGACGCUUGGCUGCGGCCUCCCUCUCGCGAGUGUCAGCACGACUGCCGAGAUCGAGGCCGGCUGCGCCAAUGCUGGCUUCCUGUGGCUCACAACACAUCUCAACGAUCCCCUUACCGCAGCAGUUGGCUGCAAGGUGCUCGAGAUCGUCGUGCGCGACGACCUGGCCCAGCAGGCAGCGGAGCGUGGCGAACAAUUACACCAGGGGCUGCUCAAGCUGCAGAAGAAGCACUGGUGCAUAGGCGACGUCCGGGGCCGCGGUCUGUUCCAGGCCAUCGAGAUCAUCUCGGACGCGCAGUCCAAGGCACCGGGUGCGGAACUGGGCCAGGCCGUGUCUGAUCGGGCACUCGAGCUGGGCUUGUCUUGUAACAUCGUGAAUCUGCCCGGUAUGGGUGGCGUGUUCCGUCUCGCGCCACCCGUCACCGUCACCGCUGGCGAAAUUGAGGAGGGGCUGGAUAUCCUAGAUAGGGCGUUCUCUUCUGUGCUAGGAGGGACCAAAUAA